GCGAGAUGCUUCUCAUUCGGGAGAGACAGAGCCGGAGACUCCCCGAGCUCAGGGCAGGAGCGGAGCGUGUUUAUUACCGUACAACGCGGAUGUCCGGACUUCCAGUCGCUCAGCGGUAAGCUGAACCUUUAAGUAAUCUCGUCCUGAGAAACAUUCACUUGGCAAACAUUGGCGGGGGAUCCACGAAUGAACUUUACUUUGGAUUUAUAAAAGUUGUAAUAGUUUGGAACAUGGGUCAGAAAGUAUCAGGAGGUAUUAAGACUGUGGAUAUGUGCAAUUCUCCCUACAGACUCAUGAAGCAAGGUCUCCUUCAAGGACGUGAAUACUGUAAGCCUUCUCGGCUAGACCUUUUAUUAGAUAUGCCUCCAGUAUCUUAUGAAGUACAGCUUCAGCACUCUUGGAAUAAUAACGACCGGUCAAUAAAUGUAUUUGUCAAAGAAGAUGACGAACUUGUAUUUCACCGGCAUCCGGUGGCACAGAGUACAGACGCAAUCCGUGGCAAAACUGGUUACACACGAGGCCUUCAUGUGUGGGAAAUAACUUGGGCAAUGAGAAAUAGAGGCACACAUGCUGUGGUUGGCGUAGCUACAGCAGAUGCCCCACUGCACUCUGUGGGAUAUACCACCCUUAUAGGAAAUAAUAACAAAUCAUGGGGAUGGGACCUUGGAAGGAACAAACUGUAUCAUGACGGCAAAAACCAACCCAGCAGAACAUAUCCUGCCUUCUUAGAGCCUGAUGAGACCUUUAUGGUACCAGAUACUUUCCUUGUAGUACUAGAUAUGGAUGAUGGGACUCUGAGUUUUAUUGUAGGUGGUCAGUAUAUGGGCACUGCCUUUCGUGGACUAAAAGGGAAGAAACUUUAUCCAGUUGUAAGUGCUGUCUGGGGACACUGUGAAAUCCGGAUGCGUUAUUUAAAUGGUCUUGAUCCUGAACCUCUGCCACUAAUGGAUUUGUGCCGACGAUCUGUUCGCCUUGCAUUGGGGAAAGACCGUCUAAACGAAAUACAAGCACUGCCGCUGCCAGCGUCCCUUAAAGGCUACUUAUUGUAUCACUGACACCGGAGUGCUCUGGACUUGUGACCUAUCAGCACUAUGCAUCUGAGGAUUUAAUGGCACAGUAUGGUACAUGACCCCUCGCAUGCUUCCAACUAAAUACCUCAGUUUUUUUUCCAUGUUGGAGCUCUUGAUAAGACUUUUCUGUGAAGGUCAGAUGCCAAGUGAUGUCGUAGACGCGCAGUUUAUGGUUUUAGUCAUUUUGCCUGCUUUCAUUUUUUUUUUUUUAAUCCAGAGAAACUGUUUUUUGUCAUUCAGUGUCACUGUCAUGUUGACUUGUUGUACCUCAUAACACUACGGCCACAAUUUUAGUUUCAGACUCUGCUUUUCACAUCUCAUUUUUAUAGAGCUGACAACUUUCUUUAAAAAUUCCUCUGGAUGUAAAAGUGCAAUAUAAAUAUACAGGUAAUCUAAGCGCCUUUUUAAAUCUCUCUAGAUUUUACAUGUUUAAAGAAUUUUACACGGCAAAAAAAAAAAUCUUUAUGCUGGUUUAACUUUUCUCCCAGUAAUGAUGCUCUUAAAGAGAUGAUAACAUGCUAGAACGACAUUCUUCCAUAUGAUGGUGAUAUUCACUUGUUAGUGCUUACUGUGUAACUCCUGCGCAGCUCACUGCCUGUGACACUAUCUGUAGUGAUUCGCACAACCUCAGCUAAUUGCUGGCCGUUUUCUGCUUACUAUGUCCCGCAAACCUUGUAGCCCCAAAGCAGAAGUCUCUAACUGCAAAAUGCUUUGACAAAUGAAAGCUAUUUUAUUAGAAUGUCAGUUUUUUUUAUUUUAAGGUUUAAUAGCCAAUACUUGUUAUAAUAAACCCAGAGAACGUUUGUUUAUGCAUCUUAGCCUUCUCAUUAUUGAGCAUUUUUAAAAAUAAACUAAAAUAUAAAUGUUACAGGUACAAUGUUUUUUUAAAUGUUUAACUUAAUGUUUGUAUAUAUAUCUGCUGCUGUAGUCUUUGUAUGAAAUCUUCUGUAAAGUGCACAAUGGUGCGAGCACUGAGGGUAGACUAGGUACCAUCUACUCACUGCCUAUAAGCUAUGUUCUUGCCUUCAACGCACAAGAGGGGUUUACAGGAAAAUCUGUUUUGUGCUGCCUACAAUAUAAUGUGCAGGUCGUCUUCCACCUCACAGCAAUAGCUUAAGUCUCCCUACUGUCUGAUAUACAUGUUGUACAGUUUUAAUCUUUAUAAUUCUGUAAUAAAGAAAUUGUUAAAUAUA